AUGCCGAAGGUAACGACACAGAGGGUUCUGGGCCCAUUCGUUUGCAGCGUGCCGGAAUGCGGAAAGACGUUCAUUCGUCAGCAUGACCUAACCCGUCAUGCGCGCGCAUCCAUAACCCGAACGCCGAAUAACCUCAAGACGCACUUCAUCGGAAGACAUGUAAAUCCGAAGGCGUAUGCCUGUAGGUUCAACGAUUGCGGUAGAACUUAUACCGACGACUCUUCUCUCAUAAAGCAUGAGAAGAAGUGUCACAAGUUCUAUCGAAGGGCGCAGAAGCCCUAUGUGCGUCCUCCGACGCCGACGUUGCGACUACAAGUGCACGCCAGCAUGUUCGUGCAAGGUACCUCCAAAAGUCAGGAACCUUCUCCAACUACGUCCUCUGGCGAUGAGCAAUUCAACUUCGAACAAUACUUGGAUGAGAUCUUAGGUCUUUGCAAGCCAUCUGAAGCUUCUAGUACCGGCCAUGCCUCCUCUGGUUUCUCAGAGUCUCAAAGACAUAGACACCUAGACAAUGAACGAUCAGAGGCUACCAGUGCGCAAAAAGUCAACGCUCUUAAUGCAUCUGUUUCUACUUGCCAGGAUCCCCUCUUGGAUCAAGUCUCCGAGCUAUUCAGUGUACAAGUACCCUUUCCAUGGCAGCAAGGACUUGGAGAGGUAGAUCUCGGUGUUGAGACAUGGAACACGUUUUUAAUAGAGUAA